GGCGGGCGGAGGAUGCCCCGGGGCCGGCGGGCGGCUCCCCGCGCCCCGGCCGCCGGGCCUUAGUGCUGGCCGAGCAGGCGGCGCGCGCGGGGCGGGCAGGGGCCGGCGGGGCCCGCGCCGUCAUGCCGUGGCUGAGCGGGGGCCGGCGGCGGCGGCGGCGGGGCCGGUCGCGCGAGGGCCCCCGGGACGCGCCGCCGCCCCCCGCCACCUCCCCGCGGGAGCCGCCGCCGCCGCCCGCCCCGGCCGCCGCGCCCCCCGCGCCCCCCGCGCCCCCCGCGCCGCCGCGGGCCCGGGACAGCGCGGAGCUGCCGCUGCCGGCUGGCUGGGAGGAGGCGCGCGACUACGACGGCCGCGUCUUCUACAUCGACCACAACACGCGCCAGACGUCGUGGAUCGACCCGCGCGAUCGGAUAACGAAGCCUUUGACCUUUGCCGAUUGUGUCGGGGACGAACUUCCUUUAGGAUGGGAAACUGUAUACGAUAAACAAAUUGGAAUUUAUUACAUGGACCACAUAAAUAAGCUCACGCAGAUUGAGGACCCCCGGGAACAGUGGCGGCGGGAGCAGGAGCGGAUGCUGAAGGAGUACUUGAUCGUGGCCCAGGAGGCGCUCAACGCCAAGAAGGAGAUCUACCAGAUUAAGCAGCAGCGCUUCGCUCUCGCUCAGGAGCAGUACCAGCAGCUGCACCAGCUGUGCGAGGAUGACAGCCGCUCCUAUGCCAGCUCCUUCUCUGGAUACUCAGCAAACACGAAGUAUGACCCUCACCAAAUCAAGGCGGAAAUCGCGAGUCGUCGGGACCGGCUUUCCAGAUUAAAACGGGAGCUGACCCAGAUGAAGCAGGAACUUCAGUACAAAGAAAAGGGGGUGGAGACUCUGCAAGAAAUUGAUCGGAAGAUGUCAAAUGCUCACACCAACUACAAAGUGGAUGAGGCUCAGGCCAUCAUGAGUGAACUGCGGACCAUCAAGAAGGCAAUCUGGACGGGCGAGAAGGAGAGGCGGGACCUGAUGCAGAGCUUGGCGAAACUGACCGAUGGCUUCAAGAACAGCUGCUCCCUCAGUGAGCCCCCACAGGAGUGGCCCCAGGGGGCCGGUGCGCCUGGCGAGUCUUUCCCUCAGCAGUUCUGCGAUGCGGGCUCUCAGACGGACAUUAUCGGCGAGUUCAUCUUCGAUGAUAAAACAAGACUGGUGGACCGAGUCCGGCUUAAUUGGCAGUAUGAGGAAGCCCGGAAGAGGGUGUGCAGCAUCCAGCAACAGCUGGCGCAGCUGGAGAGCGAGUCGUGGCCGGGCCUGGCCGAGGCUGACCGGGAGCGGCAGCAGCUGGUGAAGGAGAAGGAGGCGCUGCUGCAGGAACUGCCCGAGGGUCGCCUGCAGGAGGAACGCCAGCGGCUGGAGGCCGACAUCCAGCGCGCCCGCGCCUCAGCCGUGCAGGGCGCCCCGGAAAGGCUUCUGCUCCGGGAGAAGAGAAGCCGCCUCCUGAUGCAGCUGGAGGAGGCCACCCGGCUGGCGUCUUACCUGCAGUCCCAGUUGAGAAGCUUGUCUGCCAGCACCCUGACAGUGUCCUCAGGCAGCAGCCGUGGCUCCCUGGCGUCCAGCCGCGGCUCCCUAGCAUCCAGCCGCGGCUCUCUAAGCUCCGUCAGCUUCACCGACAUCUACGGCCUCCCGCAGUACGACAAGCCGGACACAGAGGCCGGGCAGCUGCUGAGCUUCGAUCUGAUCCCCUUGGAUGCCCUGGUCCGAGACGGCCCCUUCUCGGAAACCCUGGGCCCCGCUGGCCUCUACAAGCAGAGGCGCUCCUUGGACACGCCUCAGUCGCUGGCGUCCCUGUCUUCCCGCUCCUCCCUGUCCUCGCUGUCCCCGCCCAGCUCGCCCCGCGACACAGCCUUCUUCCCCGCCGCGCGUGACUCACCCUUGGCGCAGGUGGUGGAUGGUUUCGAGGUGCCAGGCCUGGGCGCCCUAGACAGACUGCGGGCUCAGGCGUGCGCCUUUGGGGAUGAAGACCCACAGGCCACCGUGGCCCUGCAGCCGCACACCUUCCCCGGGGAAGGGGACGGGCCUCGAGAGCGGGGAGCCCAAGUGACCGCCCCCGCCAUGGGAGCAAGUGUGGCAGUCACUCUCCGUGGGGACAGCGCACGGCGACUGGAGCGGAGGACACGCCGCACCUCGGCCUGCGUGUCGGCGCACUCACUGGCCAGCGACAGCGGGGUCUUUGAACCCCCACCCAGGAGGAGUGAAGAUGCCGAAGAGCCAGCACGUACAGAAGCCACAGCGCCUGAGGGGCCCCAGAUCCACGUGGGGUUUCUGCACGACAGCGCCGCCGAGUGUCUCCUCGUGAACGUGCUGCAGCUCAAGAAUUUGGAGCGGCUGCAGGCGCCCGAGCGCAGGAUCCAUGUCCGCGUCUACCUGCCGCCACUGGACUCCAGCGCCCCCAGCACCUACUGCUCCAAGGCCCUGGAGUGCCAACGGCACCUGGUGUUCAACGAGGUGUUCCGAAUCCCCGUGCCCACAGGCGCCAGGGCCCUGAGGUCGCUGCAGCUGUACGUGUGCUCACUGAGCCCUCAGCUGCAGGAGGAGCUACUGGGCAUUGCGCAGAUCAGCCUGGCGGACUACGACACCUGCAGUGACAUGCAGCUGCGCUGGUGCCCUGUGCAGGUGUUCAGCGGCCCCGAGCGCACCGCGGAGCCCGCGGCCCCAGCCGCCAGCGCUGCCGCCGAGAAGACGGAUGCGGUGACUGUGCUGCUCGCCAGAACCACGGCCCAGCUGCAGGCGGUGGAGAGGGAGCUGGCCGAGGAGCGUGUGAAGCUUGAGUGCACAGAGGAGCAGGCCGAGGCCGUGUCCGAGAGGAGCUGGCAGGCGGACUCGGUAGACAGUGGCUGCAGCAGCUGUGCCCAGACCAGCCCCCCGCACCCGGAGCCCUGCUGCGUGGGCGUCGACGCCGCCCAGGCAAACCUUUACAGCCCCAAGAAGCUUCAGCCUCUGCCUCUUAAGGUCGACAAGGAGACCAACACGGAAGACCUCUUCCCAGAAGACGCAGCGGGGUUGCCCAAGGAGCGGCCGGGCCGCAGGGGGCGCGGCUCACCGUUUGUCCGCAGCGGCACGAUCGUGCGCUCGCAGACCUUCUCGCCGGGCGCCCGGAGCCAGUAUGUCUGCAGACUUUAUCGUAGUGACAGUGACAGUUCAACGCUGCCCCGGAAGCUGCCCUUUGUCCGAAAUACUCUAGAAAGACGAACCCUUCGCUAUAAACAGUCAUGCAGGUCCUCCCUGGCCAAGCUGAUGGCGCGCACGUCGCUGGACCUGGAGCUGGACCUGCAGGCGUCGCGCACCCGGCAGCGGCAGCUGAGCGAGGAACUGGGCGUGCUACGGGAGCUGCGCCGGCGCCUGGAGGAGGGCGACCUGCCACCCUGGGUGCUGCGGGACGAGCGCUUCCUGUCCCUGCUCAGGGAGGCUGAGCGCCAGACAAGACAGAGCCAACUGGACUUUCACGAGGAGCAGGCGGCCGAGAAGAUGCUGAAGAAGGCGUCCAGGGGCGUGUGCCCGCUGCGCACGCAGAGCCAUGACGAGCCCAUCCGGGUGCAGACCUUCAGGGAGAAGAUCGCAUUUUUCACAAGACCAAGGAUUAACGUGCCUCCUCUGCCUGCCGACGAUGUUUGAUGUGGUGCUUUGUACACAUGACAUAUUUAUCUGCCUGUUUUAUCCAUGAAUUUCUUAGACUAGCUAAACUUUGUCUUAAGAAUAUUUGCGCAAAGCUAUUGAUAUACACAUUUUGUAAAAACAAAAUAAAACACAUAUAUCUAUACCUAUAUAUUUUGUACUAGUGACGGCAACAGGGCUUGGUUUUUCCUUGUUGUCAAAUGAACAUCUCUGAGGACAGGUUAUUUUAUAAGAGAUCAGCUAUUGUGUUCAGAAUGUACAGUUUUUAUGCUGUUUUAUUUGACUUAAAGGCUGGAAGAGAGAAAACGAAGUGAGUUCAGGCAAAUUCACUGUAUUGUAAUUUAUUUAUAGUCCUUUUUUUCCUUGAAGGAAAAUACCGAUUUUAUGAUGUGUCUUCAGACUGACUUUUGUCCUUCAGUAUCUGUCACGCUGUGGAAUGGGACUUGGAGGCCGGUGUUUGGUUCCGGACACCGGGAAUGCAGGCACUGUGCGCCGUGGGCCAUGCCCGUAGCUUCCCCCACAUGCAUGUGUCAUAUAUGUUGUCCUCUAGCACAUGCUUCAUCUUCACCGAGGUGCCUGCUGCCGCACUUCAGUGGCCAGGCCCCAAGUUGGCCUGCACCCCACUAGCCUCCUGCCUCUCGGCUGUCACCCCCAAAGCAGCCCCUCAUGGCCCUGACCACAGUGGGGCCCACACUGCCAGAUUGUGGGUGACACCGCCUUCAGGGCGUGGUGAUCGAGAAGGUGUCCCGUCCCCUGUCAUGAAGGCCAGAGAAAGAGGACACAAUGAGUGCGUGACUCUGCCAGUGACAGCACAGCGACCCCAGGGACUGGCUAACCUUCGAAGGAAGCACGUGGGUAACUCGGGGUACCCACUUCCAGAUGAGUCUUUGGUCCCCCGCAGUGGUUUUCGGCCUGGUGCUCAGGUCUCUGGAAAGGCUGGAAGCCACUGGCCUGACAGUGGUGGUCAAGAAAGCGUAGAAGCAGUGCACGAGGAGCAUGGGUCGGAUGCCAGUCCCGGGCAUGCCCUGACUCUGCAUAUGCUAGAACUUUCGCCCCAUGUCUGUCUGUGAGAGGCAGCAUUUCCUCACCUGGGAAGCCCCAGGCCAGGAACUGGAAAAAGGGACCCUCUCACCACGCUCUUAUGACCCCUGCGUUGGAAUUACCCCCUUUAAUUGCUCUGUUCCCGCCUCAGUCCCCUGUUGACACUUAACGAAAACUGAAUCUGUAAAGCAUUUCAUCGACACACGACCUGUCACGGACAAAGGAGUUUGUCAGUGCUGGUACGACGGAAACGGCUUCCCCAGCGGCGCCAUCCUCACCAUGACGCUUUGAUGGCCCCCGACGGACGGGGAGACACAGACCACUGGUCCUCGCCAGAAUUGCCCGCAGCAACCCCCCCACCCCCACCCCGCUGUUGACUCGCUCACUCUGACUGGCAGCCCUGGGCACGUGCCGGCCACACACAGAUUCCUGGGACUUGGAAGGUGACCAAGGUGACUUCUCUGGCCAGCUGUGUCCAGGGGAACGCGGGGCGAGCUGCUGUGUCAAUGCACGAGCUUCAGAGGGAUCCACCGCCCCUGCUUUGGUGCCAGCUCCGCGUCCCUGUGUCCCUGUACGUCUGUUCCUCCACUCAAAGGAGGUGACUUCCGACCCGCACAGACGACUGCUCCCAGGCUCGGGCCCGGUUCGGAAAGUGGAGGCCCAUGGACUGUCCUCACCCCGGCUGGGCGCUUGGCAGCAGGGGGGCAGGAGGGAGCCCGUGCCAGGGAUGUGUGUGUGUCCGGGUGCGUUCGAAUCAGGGCUCACCUCUGCUUUUGCCUCUGUCCUCUCGACUUGUGUCAUUUGUCUUGUUUCCGCGUCUUCUGUAAAAUUAAACUAACCUGCCUUAACACCAGCGUGAAAGGUGUGAUUUUUAAAACUCACUUUCCCGAGAUGCUUAGGCAGACAAUAA